CACUUCUUYAAGAUUGUAAAUUUGUUUCAGGAGGCACUGGCACCUGUGGAGCCKGGAACUGAGGUGCCAUUCACAGCAGCUGCUUUUAAUGUAGCCGCGAUCUCCAUGGCAUCAACCUCUGCCUUACCUCAGCAGCAUUCAAGCAGAAAAUCAAACYACUUGGAAAAUGAAGAAAGAAAACGGAUGAUGCACUAUGCAGCUACGACUGAUGAUGCUAAGCAAGAAGAAAUGACACCUUACUCCUUGCUUACUGUAAGAAUCAUAAAGUUGAAAAACGCUCAUCAGGCAGAUUUUUUAAGCCAGUCUGAUUGCUAUGUGAGGCUCUGGCUGCCAACAGCUUCAGAUGAAAUAUUCCACACCAAAACCAUCAAAAACUGCAGAAAUCCUGUGUGGAAUGAAACUUUCUACUUCCGGAUACAGAGAAAAGUCAAGAAUGUUCUGGAAAUGACUGUUUCUGACGAUGACAUCAUUCAUGAUGAUGACCGUGCAAUUGUGCUUUUUGAUGUAGCUAAAAUCCCUCUUGGGGGAAGAGUUUUUACAGCAUUCCCACUAAGCCCAGAGGGGAAGGAGGAGCUGGAAGUUGAGUUUGUAUUGGAGAGCAUCCAGGGUCCUCCUGAAACCAUCAUCACAAAUGGAGCAGUAGUGUGCCGUGAAGAAGCCUGCUUGGAAGUUCACUUGGACAGCAGGAUGCAAAAGAAGCGUUUUUCAGAGAAUGAGCUAACGUUUACAGUGAGAGGAUCCUUUGAAGAAACCCAGACAGUUUCRGUGGGCUGUGACUCCCGCUCCCCUCUCCCAGAUCCCGCUUUCUUCCACUAUGCCAGAUACAAGCARCCCUUCCUGGACGUUGCACUCAGAAAGAAGAGGAAGCUUCCCACCUUUUGUGCUUGCAUGUCAUGUGGAGCAAGGAGGAGAAGUGUCCCCCUGACAAUCCCCCUGAAGUCACUGCCCCCUGAGCGGGAGGUGGUUAAUGAGCACAGAAAAUUYGAUAUACUCCUUAAGGUGAAAAAAUGCCAGGAAGACCUGGACCUACGCUUGGGGUUUGAUCUGUGUGUCCAGGAACAGGAUUUCAUCCGCAAGAGGAAGAAGGUGGUUGCAGCUGCUUUGAAGGACAUUCUCCAUCUGGAGGAGGAUUUGCAGGAUGAUGAGGUACCUGUGGUGGCCAUCAUGACAACGGGGGGUGGAACCAGAGCUCUGACAGCCAUGUACGCUCACCUUCUCAGUGUCCAGGAAAUGAAUGUCUUGGACUGUGUCUCCUACAUCACUGGUUUGUCUGGAACAACAUGGACCAUGUCAAACUUGUAUGAAGAUCCCCACUGGUCCCAAAAGGAUCUCAAGGAAACACUCAAUGAUGCCCGAAAACAUGUACUUAAAAAUAAGUUUGUUGCUUGUUUUGCCCCUGAUCGUCUGAAAUAYUAUUUGAAAGAGCUGAGCCAGAGGAAACAGGAAGGGCAUCAGCCGUGCUUCACGGAUCUGUGGGGACUCAUCAUUGAAACCAUGYUACAUGACAAGGAGGACUGCCACAAGCUCACAGAUCAGCAGCAGGCACURAAUCAGGGUCAAAACCCCCUGCCCAUCUACCUCUCUCUCAAUGUGAAGGAUAAGAUCAGCGACCAGGAUUUUAGAGAAUGGGUGGAAUUCACUCCUUAUGAGGUAGGAUUCCCAAAAUACGGKGCCUUCAUUCGUGCAGAAGAUUUUGGCAGCGAGUUCUUCAUGGGUCGCCUGAUGAAGAAAAUUCCAGAAUCCAGAAUCUGCUAUUUGGAAGGGAUUUGGAGCAGUGUAUUUUCCUUGAAUCUCAUGGAUGCUUGGUAUAUAUCUGUUAAUUCAGAAGACUUCUGGCAUAAAUGGACCCGAGACAAAGUUACUGACAUAGAUGAUGAAGCCCUAUUCCCUACAAGACCAAACGAGCUGGAUACUCGUGUGGUUUGUCCUACUGACAGCUUUUCAAACAUUUUCCGAGAUGUUGCAAUGUUACGUCCAGCAGCCUCAGAAAUCCAUAACUUCCUGAAGGGCCUCCAGAUAAACAACAACUACCUUGAGAGCGAGUUUUCCAAGUGGAAAGACUGUGAGCUGGACUCCCAGCCCAACCACCUGACAACAGCCACAGACAAGCUCAUCCUGAUUGACACCGCCUUUGCCUUUGCCACCAGUUACCCACCCCUGAUGAGACCAGCAAGGAACGUGGAUGUCAUUUUGCAUUUCAACUACAGCUCAGGCUCACAGACACAGCCCCUGAAAGAUGCCUCUAAAUACUUUGCAAAACAGGGAAUUCCUUUCCCUACAAAGGUGCCAGAUGAUCAGGAAACACCACAUCUGAAGGAAUGCUACRUUGUUGGUGACAAAGAGAGCCCAGAAACACCUAUUGUGAUAUUUUUCCCUCUAGUAAAUGACACCUUCAGGGAAUACAAAGCACCUGGUGUGAAGCGUAGUCCCUCGGAGAUGGCAGAGGGUGAUGUUGAUGUUACCAAUGACUGUGGCCCGUAUUACAUAAACAAUCUGAGCUAUUCUGAGAAAAACUUUGAGAAACUGGUGAAUCUCAGUUACUACAACGUCCAGAACAACAAAGCUUUGAUUCUUCAGGCCUUGCGUACUGCUGUGGAGCGGAAAAAGCAGCAUAAGAAAGAGCAACCACUGCAAAAACCGGCCGAUGGCUGCGGCAUGCCUGUGCCCGACAGAGAGGGAAGCCAGCUUUUGGCUGACUGCCCAGUGCCGGGGAAUGUGAAAUAAAGUAUCUGUGAGUCCUGGUAAUGAAGAAAAAAAUGAAUUUUAUUAGAAAGUGAAGAAAAGACAAAGAACGCUAAGAAUAGCACUUCGUUUGUCAUCAAAAUGUUUAAGCCUGUCUGUCAGUGGAGGGAGCAAACAAAAAUCCAGCUCUUCCUUAAUGAACUAAGGUGCUUCCCUCGUUGACAGCCUCAGGAGCGUGGUUAGGUGAGGCUGUGCUCCUCUUGUACUUGCAGAAGUGACCUGAAAGGCCAGGGCCAAAAUGCAYGGACAAGGAAGCGUGAGGAAUCUUACACUGACUGUGUUGGUGUUCCACCUGUGCUGUGAAAACAGAGGAUUGUCAGUCCAGAAAUGCAGCAGAGAACAAAAUCCAUUGCCUCUCAAAUGGAAUCAAAAAAGCAAUUUAUGAACUAAUGAGUCCUUAUGUGAAUGUAAAUAAAUAUUAAAUUUAUAUAAUAAAUUACUUUUUUUGAGUAAGA